AUGGCGUACCUUCCCUCGUUGUCUCUCAACGCCCGUGUCGUCAUUGUGGUGCCUUUAUGCCUGACGAACCUGCUGGCUCUUGAGAAGGAGGAAGACCGUUUCCUCCUCCGCCGCCUGGGUCGUGGGCGUGAGCAUUGCCCUCGCCGACGCCGCAUUCUCCUGGAUCUCGUCGUGGAUCCCGGUUUUGUUGGUAUUCGACAUCUUCGCGACCUCCUGGCUGGUUUGCCAUACUUUGGGUUCGUCCGAUAUCCAUCCCAUCAUCCCAUCCCAUCAUCUCAUUCCAUCAUCCCACCACAUCUUCCGUUCUUUACUAACCUGUCUCAGUCAUCCACCACCUCAUCCCCGCCGCCCGCGAGGUCCCCUUCUGGACCCUCCGCCCGCCCUCGGAGCUCGUCACCGCCUGUGCCCUCUUGGGUGUUUACGUCUUCGUCCUCUUUCACACAGCCGGCUGCCUGGUGUCCCUUUGGUGGUAUUCCUACGGUAUACUCCGACGAGGAUAUCGGAUCCCCAGAGGCGCCAUUACCUGCCGAAAGAUGGUUAUGCAGACCCUGCCCGACGCCGACGAUUCCCGGUACUGGUUCGACCUGGGGUUCCGACCCAACCUCUGCCUUCGCUGCUCCCGUAACGCCGAUUUGGAAGGUGGGGAGGGCCCUGGGUCGAUGCUGGACCGGAUGUACCACGGCACGACGAACAAGGGGGUGGACUUGGGGUGCAUCGCGCUCUUUGACCACUAUUGUUGGUGGUUGUGGUGUCCGGUCUCCUUGGAGACUCAGAAGCCAUACCUGCUCUUUAUGGGUUGGGUUGUGGUCUUCCACCUUUACUCUUUGGGGAUUCUCUGCUUCUCACUGGCGUCCUUUGGAACCAGGUGGUCGCUGUCCCCAGUUGUCGUGGCUGCCGGAGCCCUUCCCUUCGUUUUUCUCUGGGUGA